GGACACGUCUUCGAAGAGGAUGUUGAAGACUUUUCAAGAAUCAGACGUGCCGCUGCCGCCGCCACUGGUGAGGGUGAGGCCAAAGACGCGGUGGAUGGCACGAGAAUGUUGGAUGACCUGACGCUGAUCAAGGAGAUACGGUACAAUUGCAGCAUCUACUUCACGUACUUCUGGAUUCAGGAGGUAGAGAGAAACUUCGUGGAGGAUUAUGAUGAUUCUUAUGUGGACCUCAAAGCAGUAGGCUCCAACUGCCCGAAAGAUGAUUACAAGGAAACCAUAACGUUCAACCCGAUCUGUAACCUGGAAAUAGUGUGCGACAACUUCGGCUGCUUCGAUUACUUCCUCCAAGAUUACAAGGAGAAAGUGAAUGAUACCUACCGCUGCCCGUCCUGUGGCAAGGGCGAGUGUUGGAUGAAGACUUGGCUCGAGGACUACGAGAAUGGCUUCCUGGACGCGUACCAAGUGAGUGGAAUCUUCAGUGCGAGUCGGACAGCGGACUUCUCAGACAUGCUGGGCGUCUACUCACCCUCCAAGGAAGACAUCGGAAAGUACUCCCUGUCAGCCAAGGAAUUCAUUAAGUCCUGCAGCUACGACCGUCGCCCCUGCAACCACAAGCAAUUCUUCUCGUGGACAAGUGAUCAGUUCGGCCAGUGCUACACCUUCAACUCUGCCCUCCGCAAGAUUACUCACAAUGGCAAGACCUUCUUGGCCCGGGUAAAGGCCACCACAUCCACGGGGCCUAUGAACGGGCUCCGACUCUCCUUGAACAUCAACGAAGACGAGUACCUGUCGCUUCUCUCUCCCGACACCGGCGUGAGAGUUAUCGUGCACAGUCCCCACCAGCUGCCAUUCCCAGAGGAGGAGGGCUUUAACGUGUCCCCCGGCGUCAGUGUCUCCGUCAGCAUGUCCAGGAAAAUCAUCCAGAGAGUGGGUUACCCUCAUGGAAAGUGCAGGAGUGAAACUGGUUCUUCAGUAUACAAGGAAUACACAAGUCUCAGGUGCAAGAAGGUGUGCCUGGAGGAAGAGUACUGGCGGGAGUGUGACUGCUACGUAGGGAAGAGCCCCGUGUACCAUCAAGACAAGCAACAUGUUCUCCGGCCUGAGAUCGCCUGCUCUCCAUUCAACAUGAGGCAUAAGCUGUGCAUGGAGAUGGUGCAGUACGCGUACCUUAAGGGCAAACUCCAGUGUAACUGCCCGCCUGCCUGCAAAGAGACGGUGUUCAAUCCACAAGUGACGGUCAGCAAGGGAAACCAGAAAUUUUUCACCAUUCUACAGAACUUGAAGAAAACAGUGGUGGACGAUAGUCUUUGUAACAAUUACGGCAACAACAGUGAUCCUGUCCGCCUGCACUUCUACAUGAACUCCCUCGCCUAUGAGAAGAUCGAGGAGAGUCCCGCCUUCACGUGGAACACUCUGGUGUGUAAUGUGGGCGGCAACCUGGGCCUUUUCCUGGGCAUGUCCAUCGUGACCCUGGUGGAACUGCUGGAGUUCCUCAUCGACCUGCUGUUUGGCUGCUGCAACUGCAGGAGGAAUGACACCAUGCAUCGUGGUGGUGGUGGUGGUGGUGGCAACUCCCCGGUGAUAGAAGCACGGCCAGCACCUCCGCCUCCCCAUCAGCCCCAGGACAGUCAGUGGUGGGAGAGAGAGAGUUACUACUCCCCAAGACGUGUUGCUUCUGCUGCCUUUAACAGAAUCUUCAUGGGUAAAUAAAUUGAAUGACAAUCACCUCAUUUUAACACAAACCCUCAUACUGACAAUGUGAUUUAUCAAACUAUAGGCAGUAGAGUAGUACAUUGCAUUGUACAAAGAAUAAAGGCACACAAACACAAUAAAGGAGUCCAUUCACCACAUAUAAUCCGGAGAUUAGUUAAAAAGCACAGAUUAUUUAUCAUCAGUGAGAAACAUCAUGGAAAAAAGGCAAUCAUUAUAUGUUCCGAAAACUGCUAAUUUUGAAGUAGUACAAUUUCUCCAGAUAAUGGAUUGAGUGCUGCUCAUUCCUUUUCCAAGAUGGAGGUGUUGAUUCAAAUAGAUUCAAUCUUGAUACUUGUACCAAAUAAGCCACAUCAUAAGAAAUAACUGUAGCUUCAAUUAGAGAUGCAAAACAACAUUUGGGCAUAAUAGUGAGCAUAAAAUUAAGUAAUUACCUUGAUAGUAAAGCAGUUCUGACCUAAUUUAGAUUUACUGCAUUAAAAACACAAAUUAGAUACUGUUGAAAAGUAAAGCCAAUACCUGGACUGUGCACUCCAUGACCCCAAGCACUAAGGCAGUGGUUCUUAACCUGGGGUACCUGUACCCCCAAGGGGUACGAAACCUUAAACCUAGGGGUACGAGACAUGGCAGCCAGUGCAAUGGUACCGUAUAUUUAUCAUGAGAAAGCAGAACAUAUUUUCCUAAUUUUUCUCUUACUAUAAUUGUCUCAAUUUUUUAAGCUAGUGCUGUAAACACUAUCACUAAUCUUUUUCAUAUGUUUGUAUAGUAUUUAUAUUGGAGGGGGUACGAAAAAUUUUUCUGAGAUAUUAAGGGGUACGGGCAAUGAAAAAGGUUAAGGACUACUGCACUAAGGUGACCAGUUUACAGAAAUACAGUGUAUGGACAAGAACAGAGAUUGAUAGUGUGGCCACCCUCCAAGACAGUCUCAAAGAAUGGACAUUGAAAGUAGACUGGAUCAACAUUGGGACUGGGAAUUAUAUAGUUACGUUUUCAUUAGCAUGGACAAUCAAAGAAUCCCUCCAUUCCCUGAAGCACGUUACUCCACUUGACAUACUGACGUACACUUGAGUUUUUGGUUAAGGCAUUGUUUGAGACUCACAACACCCAAUGCACUGGCUGAAGUCACACUAGUGUACACUUUUGGUCGAGUGUGUACUGAUUCCACUAUCCUGUGCCUUCACCCCCUGUGAUCCUUGUGUGCCAUGAAUACAAAAUAGAAUACAAAA